GCAGUAGCCAGUAGCCAUUGCAACUGUGCGAAGAUUUGUUUAUAGAUGCGCUGAGCCGUGGUUGCAGCAAAGUUUUGAGAUCCAGCACUGCAGUAGCGGUGCGUUUUUCGCGAAAUUAAUUCAUGUGGCCGUCCCGUGAUCGUCGCCGGUGCCGUUCCUUCCGAUUAGCUAAGUUCUAACGAAGCCUUUGUGCGCUCGUCGCUUACUGGUUCUGGGCUGACCAACCAAGUGGCUGUCGCUUCCAGGAUGGAAAACGGCGAUAACGAUGGUGGCAACAUUACCGACUCAUUCCUCUCAGCGAGUGGCCAAUACAUAGUGCAUGCAGAAGGCUCUCUGUCUGGCACGGAGGGUGAGGACGGUCUUGGAAUUGCUGGUGAUGGCUCUGACCAAGGUGACAGUCAGAAAGAUACUGAACCCUUACGGGAACAGGAUCGCUUUCUCCCUAUUGCUAACGUUGCUCGAAUAAUGAAGAAUGCCAUUCCUAAAAGCGGAAAGAUUGCCAAAGAUGCGAAGGAGUGCGUACAAGAAUGUGUGUCCGAGUUUGUCAGUUUCAUCACCAGCGAAGCCAGUGACCGUUGCCACCAAGAGAAGAGGAAAACCAUAAACGGAGAAGAUAUCCUCUUCGCCAUGUCAACCCUGGGAUUUGACAACUACAUAGAACCACUGAAACUCUACCUGCAAAAAUAUCGCGAGGUGGCCAUGAAAGGGGAGAAGAACCUUGGAACCGCGUCUGCAUCUGAAACCUCGCUUGAAGAGCUUGCAGACGACACAUUCCCUAACAUCCUUGCCCAGGAGCCAGCAACACAACAGAACGUAAUUUUCACAACUUUUCCCAACCAGGACCUUACAUUCUGAGCCGCAUUGCACCACGGUGAUAAGGAACCAUCUGCAGGACCCGUGUUUGACGCACAGUUUCCAUUAUGUAAAUAGUGUUAUUAAAGCAGCAACCCCACACA